AUGCCAGUUAAUCUUCAACCUUCUGCUGGUACUUCUGGUAGUCUCAGGAAAGAAAAAUCACGAGGAGAGGGUACACGAAGAAUGCCGACUAAUUCGCGACCUCCCCUAUCGCAUCGGAUACGGGCAUCGUUCGAAGGAAAGAAAUCUCAGGAUUCUACCAGUUCCAAGCAUGCAAGCUUCUCCGGUGGCAGUCCAACUGAUCCGGAACUCCUCCGACGGAUAAUCGAUGAAGCUAUCUCUGGAGAUGUUUUCCAGGCUGCACUUGCUUCACACAUAGCCAAAUUGCUCAAGCCCGAAAUUAAAACGGCUUUAGAUACAAUCGAGCCCGUUGUUAAUGCAGUUCUACAACAUGAGCUACUAUUGAAGAGGACCAACAAUAGUGUGGAUCAUGUUUUAUUAAAGUUGGAGUCAAUGGCAGAUGAAGAAGGAGCAACAACUCCAAGCCAAGCAAGACUUAGUAUCCACGGCGCCCUGACUUCACACCCGGUAGCAGACGAGGGACCACUGCCCAUACCAGAUAAUUCGGCCCCUGGGACUGGUACACCUGUUUCAACCUCCAACCAGGAAUCAAGACCCCUCUUCAACCGAGGCCUCACAUACACUGCCGGAAAACUAACUGAAAUCUCGGACUCGUUGGACUUGAAUAAUCAUAAACUAGGGAAAGUGGUAGAAGGAAUAGCGGAGAUAAAUAAUUUAUUGUCAUCGAACGAACGCUUGGAUAGUUUGAAAGAAAGCUCAGACAAGAAUGAUACCAAGACUUCGGUGAUCCAAACGCAAAUAGAUCAAUUGCAGGAAAAUGUCAGGGUAGUCAUCACUCGAAUUGGUCCGGAUCUAGGAGUAAAGGUAAAGGCGAUCAAUGAUCAUCUAACUGGAGAAAUGCCCAUUUUAGAGACGAGGGCUGUGGCUUCCAAUGGUAGUGGGGGUGAUGUUGAGCUUCUUCAAGCUAUUUCUUCUAAAUUAGAAGCCUUGAAGGAUAGUUUGGAAACAGGAACUUCGUCACAUAAUGAUAACUUGGGACUAUUGAAGGAACAAAUCAAUGCUCUACAGUCAACACUCGACGCCCAGAAAGAGAUAUUGGGAGAGAUCAAGGAAGCUGAUAACAGUACUGAAAUAUUGGCUGGUAUACAUAAAUCAAAUGAGUCACAUGAGGCACAUGCCAUAGUUUUGGGAGAGCUCAAAGAGAGAAAUACACAACCUGUGGAUCUAUCAACCCAACCAGCUCCAACAUCAGCAGACGCGGAAACACUACAAACGAUCUUGACGGAAGUACAGAAAUCCAAUGAGGCACAUGGGAAGCAUACGGCUGCGCUCGAGAGCAUGAAGGAAUCGGAUACAAGUGCAGCCAUAUUGGCGGAAGUUCAAAAGUCGAACGACUCGCAUGUUCUUCAUGCAGCUGCUCUAGAAAGCCUCAAAAGUACCACCCCGCCACCAGAACAAUCCACCGCAAUCGAUCUAGCACCCUUUGAGACAAAGAUGGACAGCUUAAUAGAAGCAAGCACAGCAAUUCUCACGGAAGUUCAAAAAUCGAAUGAAUCACAUGUUUCACACGCAGCUGCAUUAGAAAGCAUCAAGGCCCUGCCAACUCCACCUUCUGAAUCUCCAACCGCAAGUGCAAUUGUUGAUUUGGGAGGCUUGGAGAAGGAUAUAGGAACUGUUAUCGAAAAGCUGGAUAUGCACGCUGCUGUUCUGGAAGAAAUUAAGACGAAGGAUGUUUCUGGAUCCGGAGGAAUUGACGCUAGUGCUUUUGAUAGCCAUUUUGGUUCCAUUACUACUUCCUUGGAAGCACAUACAGUGGCAUUGGAUGAGAUUAAAUCGAGAGAUUUAGCACCUCCUGAUUUCAGUCCAAUUAUCUCGAUGCUUGAAGCUCACACUGCAACCUUGGAGGAUAUUAAAUCGAGAGCUGCAGGAGGGGAUCCAGAUUUCAGUCCAAUAACUGCUUUGUUAGAAGCUCACAGUGCAACCUUGGAGGACAUCAAAUCGAGAGAUCUGACACCUGCUGAUAAUGCUCCAAUUAUCUCAAUGCUUGAAACCCAUGCGGCAAUGCUGGAAGAUAUCAAAUCAAAAGACGCAGGAGGAAGUCCAGAUUUCAGUCCAAUAACUACCUUGCUCGAAGCUCAUACGACAACUUUGGAUGAGAUCAAGGCUAGGGACACUACAAACAGCAUUGAUCUCAGUCCAAUAACUGCUUUGUUAGAAGCUCAUACUACAACCUUGGAUGAGAUCAAAUCAAGAGAUCCAGCGCCUACUGAUUUCAGCCCAAUAACGACCUUGUUAGAAGCUCAUACUAUCAGCUUGGAUGAAAUCAAAUCGAAGGAUUUACCAUCUACUGAUUUCAGUCCAAUAACUGCCUUGUUAGAAGCUCAUACUAUAGCCUUGGAGGAUAUCAAGGCUAAGGACACUACAAACAGCGUUGAUUUAAGUUCAAUCACUUCGACUCUAGAUGCCCACCGUGCAGUUUUAGAUGAGAUCGUAUCAAAGGAUGUACAGUCUAGUGGCGCACCCGCAGCAAUCAAUAUGGAUGCCUUUGACACAAAUUUCGGUUCAAUCACCGGUAUAUUAGCAGCACACACAGCCGCAUUGGACGAGAUCAAGUCCAAAGAUGGUGCUUCCAAUGCUUCUAUAUCCGCAGAAAAUAACAUCGAAAUCCUCGACAAACAUUUUGGUUCUAUCACUACCAUGUUGGAAUCACACACUGCAGCAUUGGAAGAAAUCAAGGCGAAGGAUUUCACACCGACUACGGGACAAAUGGAGCUGAAUACAGCAGCAUUUGACGACAAAUUUAGCUCUCUGACACGCAUGCUAGAUUCACACACAGAAGCUUUGGAUGAAAUCAAAUCAAAGAACAAUGAUUCCGCUCCGCCUUCGACAUCAAGAGAUAAUGUUGCCCUUGAUUCAUUUGAACCACAUGUUACGGCGAUUAAGAGUGCACUCGAUGCUCACAUGGGUGUGCUGCAAGAGAUAAAGUCCGAGGCUCUUGCCAAAAAUGAUAUGGAUGCAAUGGUAGUAGACAAUUUGCUGGAACCACACAUCAUAGCUAUCAAGAGUACACUGAGUGCACAUACAGAAAUUCUGGAUGAGCUCAAAUCCAACAUUCUUACUAAUACCACAGAUUCCUCCGAAAUUGCCAACGAUUCUUUACCUAAGAUAUUGACCACCCUUAAUCGCCACACCAAUCUACUCACAGAAAUCAAGAACGCGGAUGUUAGUGAUGAGAUAUUGACAGCAUUGCAUGAAUUACAAGAAGGUAAUUCUGCAGCUUUCAAUACCCUCAAGGAAUCGGAUGUCAGUGAUGAGAUACUUACUGCGUUACAUACUUGUAAUGAUUCACAAGAAAAUUUGGAUAGAUCACUGCUUGAACUCCAGACAGCAGUGAAUAUUUCUAUUUCAUCUGAGCAAAACAGGAACAAGUCAAUUGACCCUGUUGAAGCAGUUCAAGCACCGAUCGCUACUGUUGACUUGAGCGGAUUGGAGACCCAGAUUAACGCGGUCAUUGCGACGCUUGAAAGCCAAAAUGUAGUUUUGGGAGAGAUCAAACACACUACCAAUGCUGGAAUAGAAGCACAUGGCUUGCACACCACGACGCUGGGUGAGAUCAAAGAUGCAGCUAGUGCCUCAAAUGAUUCUCACGCGACCCAUGCGGCACUUCUUGGAGAAAUCAGGGAUGCAGCCAAUGCUUCGAAUGAAUCCCAUGGCACCCAUACUUCUACAUUAGGAGUCAUUAGAGAUGCAGCAGCCUCCUUGAGUAACGCACACGCCACGCAAAUUGCUACUUUGGUCGAACUCAAGCAUGCAAUAAGCGCCUCUAAUGAAUCUCAUAAUACUCACACCAGUACACUAGCAGAGAUACGAGAUGCAGCCGCCAACUCAAAUGACGCAAUUCUUACGCACACAGCUACUCUUAGUGAACUCAAAGAAGCAAUCAAUGCAUCGAAUGACUCUCACACUUCUCACGCUGCUGCUCUGGAAGAUUUGAAAUCCAUACAUCCAACACAGUCGUCGCCAGAUGCUACCUCUGAAUCAACAUCGCCACCGGUGCUUGAUACAAGUGCACUAGAUACCCAGCUCACAACCAUUAUCACAACUCUUGAAUCCCAAAAUUCCACCUUAGGGGAAAUGAAAGAUGCUCAUGCCUCUCACACGAUCACUUUGAGUGAAAUCAAGGACGCAACGACAGCAUCUAAUGAGUCACAUACUUCCCUUGCAACUGUCUUAAGCGAAAUUAAAGAUGUCCAUUCCUCACAUACAACAGCCUUGACCGAAAUCAAGGACGGAACAACUGCAUCUAAUGAUUCGCACAAUUUACACACGACAAUUUUGAAUGAAAUCAAGGAAGCAACAACGGCAUCGAACGAGUCGCAUACUUCGCACACAACAGUCUUGAGCGAAAUUAAGGAAACAAUUGCUCCUAUCCAUGGUAUUGCUGAGGUCAUAAGUACACAUACAGGUCUGUUGGAAGGUCUGAAAGAAGACACCGGAUCACAGCAUACUGAAGUAAAAAUUGAUAUUGACGGAUUGAGGAAACUUGUAGAUGAAAGUUCCACCAAACACGAGGAAAGUCUUUUGAAACAUGGGGAUUUGAUUAGGGAACAUGGUGACUUGGUUAAAGAAAAUCACGAUGGAUUGAAGGGAACGAUUGCGGGACUUGCUUUGGGCGGGAUUGCUGGGGCGGGCGUUAUGAAAGUUAUGGAUGAAGUGGAAGACAAGAAUGGUGAGGUAAGUGAUGUAGUUGAACGGGAUGUAGAAGUGCUGGAAGCUUCGGCCGAAGAACUUGAGGUUAUUGAAGAAGAAUCACCGGUAUUAGAACCAGAAGCACCUGUGGAGGAGGAUGCAGCUUCAGAGUCUAAAGAACAAAACCUGGAACCUCCAGUCGAAGAACAAGUUGUGCCGGGAUCGGAAGCACAAUUGAAGCCCGAAUUCCCUACGGAUAACGAAAGGACCACCAGUGAGGAAACGCUAGUAGAGCCAGAGCUAGAACCAGAAGCUAUUGUGACAGAUACUGAGAAUACGGUCGACCUUAACGAAAAUCCAGACCCUACACCAGUAGACCAGGAACCAGAGCCAGAGCCAGAAGCUGUUGAGAAAGAAGUUCCAAUCGAGGAACCGACACCCAUCGAGGAACUGACAACCAUCGAAGCGGAGGCUCCAACACAGGAAGCUGUCGUUGAAAAGCCGAAUCCAACAGAAGAGGAACCGGAACCAGCUACUAUGGAAACGACGGAAGAUACAGCAGCUAUUGAAUCCCAACAGACUGGCAAAGAUCUCUCUGGCGAAGAGACACUUCCUCAAGAGGAAUCUGAGCCCGUAGCAACCUCCGAGGAUUCUUCUGAACUCAAUCAAGAAGUUGAAAUUUCAGCAAGCAACGAUAAUGAGGAGUCCGAAACUCUUGCGAAGGAAGCAGAAAUUGAUGGUGUCACACCAAAUUCAAUUGAACAAUCGGGUUUGACCCAGGAUACUCCCGAAGAUGAAGCGCCUCAAGUAAACGAUACAGCAGAAGAACCAAUACCUGAAGAGAGCGAUGUCACAGAGCUAUCCAAGGACGAAUUGGCUCCCGAAGAACAACUUGCCGUUGAGAAGAUACCUGGUGAGGAAGAGACUGUUGCGGUGGAAGGGUCUGAGGAGGAAGCAUUUGGUAAGAGUGAGAGAGCUCAAGUACAGCAAAAUGAAGAUUUAGGCGAUGACGAUUCGAAAUUCACUGAAGAGACAGCGCCAGUUGCUGUGGAGGAAGAACAACCAGCGAAAGACAUAGUUGCAGACAAUGCAGUUGAGGAUGUGAGCCCUGGCGAGGAAGCUUUAGAGUUUGUGGAAGAUAAACUUGUCGAAAAACCUGUUUUACAGGAGUCAGAUGAAAAUUUGACCGCAGACUUGCAACAGACACCUCCGGCGGAAGAAGAAGAAAAGCUCCCCGAAGUCAAGGAAUCUAGUGAGCCAAGUUUAGAGGAAAUUCCCACCGAAACUCCUAUACCAGAAGCCUUCAUUGAUACGCCUCCGGCACACUCGGAGGAUGCUUCUUCUCUGGAAGCAAACAAACCUGUUCCGGAGUCUGAGCAGGCCAACGUACCUGAUUCCGCUGAUCCUCCCGUCGAAAUCGAAGAAACACCCGUUCUUACAGAUCACAAUGUUGAGGCAGUUACUCAAGUACCCGAAGCAAGUCAUGAAGCACCCGCGGAUAGCUUGGAAAUCUCUACAGAGUCUGAAGUCAUUGAUCCGUCCAAAGAAGAGCAAAAGGUUGAUGAGGAAGGGGAGAUAGAAAAAUUGGCUGAAGAACAUCCGGUCGACAGUAAUGAAGUCAAUUUGGAAAAGGACGAUUUGGAACCUAAGGAUGAGAAUCUUCCCACCGAAGACGCGGAAAGUACUGUUGACACGUCGAAAGAGGAUAAGUCUUCAGAGUCAGCCGCGGAGAUCGAGACACCUCUUCUAGAUUCAAACGAUAUGAAUGAGGUUCCUGCCGAGAUUGAUGCAAAGGAUUUGGAAACGGAGGUUGCGGAGCCUAAAAAUGAAGAGACACCGGACCAGGCGGAGGAAAAUAUUGAGUCCGCUCAUGAUCAAAGCAAUCCCGAUACUCCUAUCGAAACCGAGGUACCCAUUUCGGGUAUGAACGACCAAGAUGAAGAGCCUGCAAAGACUGAGGUGAAAGACUUAGCAGUGGAAGAUGAGGAACCUCAUAGCGAGGAAGUACCUGAACAAGCUGUCGAGAACCUUUCACAAAUCGUGCAGGAAGAAAACUUUUCCGAGCCGGUUGUCGAAAAAGAGAAGUCUGUUCCUGAUUCAAACUCCCACGACCAACAUCCUAUUGAAACCGAACAAGAAUCAGUGGAAAUUCCUGCUACCGAAAAUGCCACUGAAGAAAUCUCCAGCGAGCCCACAGAAGCCAUUGAGCCUCCACACGAGGAAGAAAUCCCACAAUUACCUGUUGAGACUGAAGAAAACGCUCCCGAGUUGAAAACUCAAGAUGAACCUCCAAUCGACAGCGAAGAAGCCCCCGAGGAACAUGAAAACUUGGAAGAUCUAACUCCAUCUGUCGAUAAUAAAGAGAAGACUCUCGAAACAGACAGCCAGGAAUCCAGCAGUGAGCAUGCACCUCUCGAGGCUGAAGAGAUACCCAUAGAAGUCUCUCAUGAACAAAGUCCAGAUUUAACUACUGAAACCGAGAUACCAGCAAUUGAGUCAAGUGAUCAAACGCAAAUCCCAUUCGAGAGUAAAGCGAAGUCCGUGGAACCUCCUGUUAGUGAACCGGAAGCUGCAGGUAUGGAUAGUGAAGAGCUGCAAGCGGGUAAUGAAGCUCAGAUUCCGGAAAUAUCACUGCAAGAAACUGUUCAAGAGCCGGUGGUUGAGGAUCAAAGUCCUGUUGUGCCAGAAUCGAGUGGGGAAGCUCAGGAGUUUACCAGCCACCAUGAACCUCUUGAACCAGCUGAACAUCAUGCUAUUGAGGUGCCUAUGGAAGAAUCAGUCAUUGAGAACCAAGUUCAAUUCUCCGCUGAAGAGGAAAGUGUCGACAAAGCUCCAUUAGAAAGUAGUCCUGAGCCAGAAGUCGUGAACGAGAAUAUCUCUGAUGGCUUAGGAUCAAGCGAAGAAGGCCAGAUCGUAGCCAACGAUAGCGACAAAUCUCUACCGACUGAGAGGGAAGUUCUCGACACUCCCCUGGGAGAAUCAGUUUUCGGAAGCGAACCAACAUCCGAAAAUAUUAAUCAUGAAAAUUUCGAAAAUAUCAGAGAUGCAGAAAAACCAAUACAAAUCGAUGAGAAGAUUGCCGAGACACCUAGCCAAGAUUCAGUUCUUGAAAGCCAGCCAAAAUCAGAGUCGGUUAUCUAUGAGGAUCCUGAAGAUAUCAAAGCCCGUGAGGAGAUUGCUGCCUUGAACGCGGAGAUGGAUAGAAUUUUAGCUGAGGCUGAGGAGGAGGAAAGAAGAAAUGCUCCUAUCGAGACGGAAAAAAUUCACGAGGAUCAAACCAAGGAAAUAGAUGUUGAACAAGAUGCCGAAGAAUCAACUCAGGUCGCGGAAGCACAAACACCAGUCCAAGACCAGGAAACUUCUAGAGCUCGAAUUGAGGAUGAGCAAGCCCAGGCUGAUGUAACUGAGCCGGAGGAAGAGCAAAAGGUUCCUGUGACUGAUGAGGACCUUUCAAGCGACACUAGCCCGGGAGGAAAUCUAGAAAGACAUGUCGUAUCAUCCAACGAUCUCGAAGAAGAUGCUAUUCCUGUAGAAUCUGGGAGUCAUGAGGUAGAAUCUACCAAUAUCUUAACCGCAGACGAGUUGCACUACCUCGAAAAAAUCCCCCCAGCUACCCACGAGGAUGUUAUCGAAAGUCAGAGCCAGAUUGCGGAGGAUGAAAACGUACAAGAAAACCAUCCAGUAAUCCCUUCCGAGGAUGAAAAAACAGAUCUUGAAAUUCCGUUAGUAGCCGAGCAGCCGGAGAAUGAAAUCAAGAGCAACGAAAGUGCGCCUGACCAAGCUGCAGCUUCAUCUGGAGAAGAGGAACAGGUGUUAGACAUGGAAUCACUAGCUUCCGAAGCUCACGUAGAACCCGAGAUGGAAAGCUUCGAGAAUACACAGUCGAGUGACGAUGUUGCACCUUCGUUGGAUAAUGAGGAAGAUGAUUCUUUGCCUAUUCAACUUGAAUCAGAAACAGGCAUUGGAGAAUUUAGACCAGAGGAGCCAGAAUGGAAAGGAGAGAUGAACCAUGAGCAUUAUCUCGGGGAAUCUGAACAGGAAACCCCAAGAGAUGUAAUGACACUCGGAGACUACCCUGCCGAAGACUACCCUGCCGAAGACUAUCCUGCCAAAGAAAGUUCACUCUCUAAAUUGGAUUCCAUUAAUCAAAGCACCCAAGAUGAGGAAAGUGGAGUUGAGGAAAUAGAGAAUGAAAGCCCCUCAGUGGAGCAUUUCGAGAUCGUUGAAUCAGAGCCAUUCUCAGAAGAAACCCCAAGAGACAUCGAUUCCAAAGUUGACGAGAAUGCUCACUCCGUGGAUCGUGAAAUCGACCCAGAAAAUGUUGAAGAUUACAACGAAUUAGGGGCUGAUCUUUUGGUCCCUGAAAGUCCUCAAUCUGAAACAACCGAUGAUAACGAAUGGGAUGAACCAUAUGAUACUCCCGAUGACAGAUUACAAGGAUUAAAACCUUCAGCAGAAUUCUUAUCAACUACGUCGAAUUACGGAGAAGCUCCAGCCAUCGAGGAAAACCAACAUGAUGGCGAGUCAAACCAAGAUGAAAUCGCUUCCGAGAUUCCUCUCCCGAGCCCAUCAGUCCAGAAAAAGCAAGCUAUCCUAGAGGAGGACUAUCCUGCUGUCCAAAACUUUCCAGAGCAACAUGAAAGUUACCAAUCCUUCGAUGAUUUUUUCCCAAUCGAGAAUGAAGCUGUUCGAAACAGCUCCCAUGUUUCAAAUGAAGAUACGGUAGAAUUCGCGGAAGACUCUAGAGAAGCUCCAGUCAUGUCUGAUAACCAACACAUAUCGGGGAAUAAAUUUGCCACCGGAUUCGAGGAUGACUUACAACCUGAAGAUACCGAAUCCAUCUAUUCCCAAGAAAAUGAGCCAGCGAUCACUGCAGAACAUCACAGGCUAGAGAUAGAUGAUUUUUUCAACCCAAGAGCCACUGUCAGUCAAUACGUGGCUACCGAGCAACUAGAACCAGAACAAGAGUCAGAAACUAGCCCUAUCAUUACCAGAACUGACUCAACUCACAAGGCCCAGUCCAGUCAGCCUGAAAUUUCAGCGGAGCAAAGAUACACAGGCUAUGGCUACGACUAUGACUAUGAAGAGCCUGCUCUAAAUACACAGACGUACUCCGACUCGGAAGAUGAUAUGGGGUCAUUUCAACCGGGACCAGCAGCUUCAAGCUAUGAAUCAAGGGGCUCUUACCCCUUCCAAGGAACCAGCUUUAGUAGAUCUAUACCACAACCAAGAUAUUCAAGCAAUGAAGAAGUUGCUCACGAUACACGUACUUCAUUCAACGACCAAGAUGACAUCCAAGAUUUGAGAUCAAUGCCUACAUAUUCUGGCUCAAGCUAUUCUCAACAAUACCCCUCAGAGUCCUAUCCAACCCAAGAAGUUCACUACGACGAGCCUGAGCCCCAACAAGAUCAGCCAAUAACGCCCACAUAUCAAUCGUCAUAUCAAGAUACCAUUCCAGCAACUCCAUCAACAGCUUUAACGACGAAAAUCUCCACCGAAACAUUUCCUACAUAUGAUGAGUCCCGACCUGUUUCCCGGGGUAUGAAUUUCGGGUUGCCAAUAAGAGGAGCAGAACGUGUUGAAACGAUUCGCGAAACUCCCGAGACCACAUAUCCUUCAUAUAAUGAGUCAAUGCGAUCUCCCGCACCCUCGCGACUACCAAUCGCGAGCCAAAGAUCGUCAGAUAGUAUGCGUAGAAGUUGCAGCCCUGAACUGAGAAAACAGAGUAGCUAUUCUAGAUAUGGACAUGAUGAGCCUGGGCUAGGAAAAUCUAUGGGUUCUUCACAGGGAUUCAAUUUUGGUCGUUCCCCGACUAAGAUUCCGGGUUCUAUUGGGAGGUCAAGCAGAGUUCCAGAUGUUGGAAAUGAGUAUGGUCAUUCGACGAAUAGAUAUGGUGAGCCAGUGCGCUCUUUGGGGGCUUCGCAAGGAUCUAGAUUCGGUCUACAGGGUACGCAUCCAGCUAGAGAGUCUCAUGAGGAAGUUCCAGAAUACGGAAGUCAAAAGAGAAGUAGUAAUGUGAAGGAUCUUUUGAGUCGAUUUGAAGGUGGCGAAUCCUCAUCCUCAGCCCCUUCUCAACAAGAACGUUUCAAUAUCCCGACAUAUCAAGAGCGUUUCAGUACUUCUCUUCCUCGACCCGCUGAGCACAGAUCGAUCGGAAAACAGCCUCAAUACGAACAAGAAAGUCACUUUGAGGCUGUAACACCACUUGAUCAUAAUCGAUUUGAUUUUGUGAGUGAGGAAAGUAGUCCGGUUCAAACACCUCUCGAAGAGAGGGAACUGCAGCUCGAGAGCGGAGAAAGCAGCGAGGUACAAACGCCAUUGGAGGGAGAAUUUAGACUGGAUGAGGGGAUAGGUGGAAAUGUAAAUGCAGGAGUACCGAAGAAGAGGAGGAGUAAGAGGGGGAAGAAGAAGGGCAAUUGA